UGUAAUUUCGGCUGUGCGGCGUGUUAGUCUCCACGUCGCUCUGGGGACUCGGGACAACCAAUUGCCAUCUUCGCGUGUGAGAGUGUGCGUGCGUGUGUGUGUGUGUCGCGUGGUGUCGUAUCUUUUUGGGCUACGUCGUGCUCCAGCUGUCAGCGGUGUCGUCGUCUUCAGUCCGCCGCUACGUCGCCGCCGCCGUCGCUGUCGCUGUCGCCGUCGUCUGUUGCUCUUCGCGGUCGCAUCUACAAGUUUUCCUUUACUUUUUUCGGGAUUUUUUUUGUUUUCUUUUUCAUUUUUAUUAUUUUUUUUGCUUGAUAUUUGCUGCGUCGCGUUGCGUUUUCCACAAUUGCUUGAGCUUCAAUUGAUGUUAUAAAGCCCAACUGAAUUCUUGCUACUAAUGGACUGUGCUUCAACUGGGCUUCAGCUUGGCCUCAAACUGCAGUGGAAUACGCUUUAAAUGCUUCUUGGGUUACAGAACUGCCAAAAACAGAAGCAGACCAACAACAGCAGAAACAAAAAAACGAAAACAAAAAAAAAGGCGAUUUCGUUGACCCAAAAUGUCGGAGCUGAGCCCAACUGGAUAUAGUUGGUUGGUGCUGGCCUAGAAAAUGUCAACAUCGUGAAUCAUGUGCUCUACGCAUUGAGGUGGAGACACACACACACAGAUCGUUGCACAACACAGCAGAACAGAGAGCAAAACAGAAAUCAGAACAGAACAGAACAGAAGAGAACAGAACGAACCCUAUUACACUAUACAACACGGUGCGAACUGUACAAUGGUCAUCCAGUGCACAUGCGAUUGCAAUUGCAGUGAUAGAGAGAACCGCAGCUCCUGUUUGCCACGCCUUACGCUGCGACUACGUGCCACGCCCCUGGAUGCUGGCAAUGAUAUGGAGCAUCGUUUGUCCUACUAUCGCCGGCUAUCGAAUACCUCAUCAGCGCUCUACGGCAGCUGUCCCCAAUUGCUGCCCGUUGGCCAAACGUGCCACAGCCAUAACCAGAAUCAGAGUCAGAGUCAAAGUCAGCUGCAGAAUCUGAGUCGCAGCCUGGAGCAAGAGCAGGAGCAGGAGAGGGAGCGUGAGCUUAGGCCAUAUUCGAGUCUGGUGCGCACCAAGCACAGAAGCUCCGUGCUGUGCAACAAAUCCUGGUGGGUCUCAUGUCCGCGUCUCUCCAAUCUGCCCGCUGAACAGCCUCAAAUGCCAACGACAGCAAUGCCGUCACAGCCAGCAACAGCUCAGUCACAGGCCCAGGGUCAGGCACAGGCACAGUCCCAGGGCCAGGCCCAGACCCAUCACUGCCAUGCCCCGAAUCCGGCCCGCUUUCCACUGCAGCCAGGCAGCGCCAAGCGGCAUUGUGACAAUUUUGGCAGUUAUGCAACAUUGCCCAGCAUCGAACAGCAGCUCCAUCAUGCGCCCAGCUAUGGGAAUGUGGCCUGCAGUCGACAUUGUGCGACCUCCUCAAUGCCGCCGCAACCGGAGCCGCCGCCACCGGCCUCCAGCCUGCGCUGGUAUGCGCCGGGUAGUGCCAAUCCCAAUGCCAACCUGAAUCCCAAUCCCAAUCCCAGUUUGAAUGCCUGUUGUUAUGUUUACAAUCCGACGGCCCACUACGCUCCCGAGCACUGCGUUUGCGAUAAUUGGUAUCACCAGCACCAGCACCAGCAGCAGCAGCAGCAGCACAGAGGCAUCCCGCCGCCUCCUAAGCCACUUAUGCCCAAUGGCGGCUGCUACUUGGGCUUUGACGCUGCCCACCAUCCCAGCCACAUCACCGACGAGGAGGACUCGGCGUUUCCUGCACUCGCCGAUCGUGAGUUCCAUUUGCUGCAUCGCAACAUCCCAGCGCUGCGUCGCACGGGUGUGGACACAACACGCAUACGACAGUACUUUUACCCGGACGGCGGCUGGGGCUGGAUCAUCUGUGGCGUCUCCUUUCUGGUGCACAUUCUCACCACGGGCCUCCAGCUCAGCUAUGGCCUGUUGCUGUUCUAUGCCGUGCAGCAUUUGCAUAACACAGGUGGAAUAGAGCUCUUGGGCGCUCUGAGCUGGUCCAUCUCGAUGCUGGCCAUACCGUUUGUGGUCUCUCUGUGCCGGAAACGCUCCAUACGUCUGCUCUCGAUUGUGGGGGGCCUUGUGAUGCCGCUGGGCAUUCUGUUCACAUCAUUUGCCACGGAAUUCGGUCAGGUUGUUUUUAGCUAUGGCAUCGUCUUUGGCAUCGGCGUUUCCAUGGUGCGUGAAGCCUCCACCGUGAUGCUGGGCAAUUACUUUAAGCGUCGCCGGCAAUUCGUCGAAAUGGUGGCCAUGUCCGGCGAGGGCGUUGGCAUCGCUUUGUUCUCCGUCAUCCUGAAGGAGGGCGUGGGCAAGGCCGGCUGGCGCCUGGGACUGCAAAUCGUUGCCGCACUCACGGCGCUCAGCUUUUUCAUGGGCCUCAUGUAUCGACCGGCCUCCCUAUACCAUCCGCAACGCCGUGCCAUUCAACAUCUCAAAAAUCAACGCAAAAAGCUGCGCGAGAAGAAGCCCAAACUGACGCAGGAAGUGGAGUCACCCACUAAAUACUUAUUCCUGGACAUAUCAUCAUUGAAAUCGGCGACAGUUAAGAUCCUAUUGAUGACUUCCAGUGUGGCUGCCUUUGGCAUCUAUACGCCCAUGUUCCUGAUGGCCCUCAAUGCUGCCAAGGAGGGCUCCGAUGUACAGGAGCUGGUGCUGCUGCAAACCUUUCUGGGCAUCUCCAUGGCUCUGGGCGUUGUGCUGGCCGGCGCUCUGCUGCGGCGCUGCUUUGUCAUACGACAAUUUGUGAUCAAUACAAAAAUUGUUGCGCAGCUGUUUAUAUCCAUUGUGGCGCUGGCCAUACUAUUCCUAUCCUUUGUCAUGGGCUACAAAGGACUCUGCAUACUCAGCUGGCUGUACGGCAUCGGGCUGGGUGGCUUUCAGUACUCGCUGAAGAUUUUGGCACUGGAGCGCAUCAAGCUGAAGCACUUCUCAAAGGCCUGGGGCUUCAUACGGGGCGUCGAGUCGGUGCCCGUGCUGAUUAGUGUGCCCCUCACCUCGUUUCUGAAUGACUAUUCGCUGAAGUAUGGACGAGCUGGCUAUUAUAUAUGCUCUGCGGCGGCUGCUAUCUCGGGCAUCAUCAUCUUCUUCAUUAGCGAGUCGCAGGACCAGCAGCAUCAGCAGCGCGGCAAUCUCAAUGGGCAUCGGCCGACGCCGAUGCUGAUGCGGCACUCCUCGGCGCGCCACCAUCGGCCGAACCUGCACUUGGAUUAUGGCUAUGGCGAAUAUCCCGCUCCCGAUUUGCUCAGCCGUAGCUGCAUUAGUUUGAAUCAAAUGGAGCCUUAUCUGCAGGCCAGCAAUCCCCACUAUUGUCAACGUCACAUGCUGCAACAGCCGCUUGCCACGCCCACGCCCACGCCACAUCAUCAUCAUCUGCCUGUCCAGCAUAUGCAUUCGCAUUUACAUCAGCAUCCCCAUCCCCAUCCGCAUCCGCAUCCGCAUCAGCACUCACACCAGCAUCCACAGCCGCAUUCACAUCCGCAUCCGCAUCCACAUCCGCAUCCUCAUCCCCAGCAGCUGGGCUGCCACAAUCUGGACAUGCAACCGGCCCGCCUGCCCUAUCAGCUGGGCCAGGGCAGCAUCGGCGCCAAGAUGGGCAAGCGACUGCAGCGCAGCCUCUCCUUCAUCCAGCAGCACAACUGCUGCGACGGCCAGAUGUACUGUAGCUGGCACAGCACCUACGAGCUCGGCUGUCGCAGGUCGCCCAAAUCUCAGGACAGGCAGCCACUCAUAUGUACUUGCAGCCCCAGCUCGACCACGUAUGGAGGAGGCGGCGGGGGCGGCGGCGGCAGUUCGGCACGCAGUCGCAGCGUGCCAGAGGGCCUAUCGACCAUGUCGCAGCAGUGUAACUGCCGUCAUGGGGCCGGCCUGGCAGCUGGGGCUGGGCCAUCCCGUGAGUUUAUCUACGUGCCGCACGCCUACGCCUCAUUGCAGCGAACGCCACAUCGACAGAGUCGCCAUGCCGGAACAGGAGCCGGAGCAGGAGCAGGAGCAGGAGCAGGAGCUGGCAGCAGCUGUCAGGCAUCCAGAAGCAAUCCGCAAUGCCGGCUGAAGCGUUCCCAAUCGCUAAGUCGUCCCGUUCAUUUCGUAGAGCAAAUCACCACCUCCGUCUAGGGGCGGGCGGGCAGACUUAGAGUUAUUUUGUAGUGUACUCCAGUUACGUGAAUCGAAUUCCGAAUUGUCACUUCUUUCUAGUCUUUUGUCGUAGUUAGUAGCACGUGCUAAAAUCCAAGUCGAAAAAUCCCACAAAGAAAAAAAAAAAUUAAAAAACACAAACAACAAAAAACAAAAUAAAAAUCGCAACUUGAUGAAUUUUCUAAAAACUCUAAACCUAUUAUGAUAUACAAUACUAUUCUGUGCGGUUUCAGCGCAUUGAAUUUGUCGAUUUCUAAAACAUAAACUAAGAUUAAUAAAACUCACACAAACGCUCUCACAUUCACACACUCAUACUGUUAGCAGACGAAAAGCUUUAUCAUUGUCUCAAUACAAAAGUAUUUAAAUGAACUUUGCUACCAGGCAAAAUAUUAUCAUAACAAAAGAAAACGCAACAAAGAACAAACAACAGAAGAAUAAAAUAAAAAUCGAAAGAUAAAUAUUAACGAACGAAUAAACAAAGAGGCCAAACACCAGAGCGGGUCGAACACAUAUUAAAUGGUCCAUUUUAAUACAAGCAUACAAAUUAUCCACCGAUACCAAUACGAAAUAUACUCGAGUCGUGCCAAUUAUACGGGCGACGGCACACUUUCAGUACUUUAUUUUUAAAUUGAAUAUUUCAUAUAUGCAUACAUAUUUAUAUAUGCAUAUGUAUAUGUAGUUGGCCGCGUGCGAAAAUACUCGAAGCACUUUUGCCAAUUUUACCAUUCGUUGUGGGAUUGAGCCUUAUUUUAAAGCGCAUACUAAGAUAAUACAGUGAUAUCAAUAAUAUCACAUUGAUGUCAUCAUUUUAACUCCAAGCAGCAAGGUAACUAAUUAAAAGCCAACUUAAUCGUAAAAGGGACAUAUGUGCAAAUACUUAAACAGAAUUGAGUUAAGACAAGGAGCGAACCGAAAUUAAAUUUGAAUUGUAAAUUCAACAAUUAAAUCAGGCGCAAAUUCAAUUAUAUUCGACAUAAACUAAGCCUUUAAUUCAUUAAAUUAAUGAAUGAACUAAAAAUACAAUUGAAAUAUCUACGGUAUACCGAAGAUCGUAUACCCUUGCAGACAAGUUGAGAAAUCUUUGUUAUGGGUUGAGAGAAAUUUAAUAUGGAUUUAAUGUAGUUGAAAUAGUUGAUAAGAAUGAUUGUCUGUUAAGGAACGUAACAUAGACAAUAUUUGUCUAUCCUAAUUUUCCAAUUUUAUUUAGAUAACUUCAGAAAAAAAAAAAUUGAGUUAAGCCUUUUCAUUUUCUUUGAGCCAUUAUGAUAUACAAGUUUAAGGUUUCUCAUUUAUGUUUGCUUAUAUCUAUGUUAAAUUAAUCAACAGUAAAUUUAGAUUACUUUUGGCAGUGACCGACGAGAAAUGAUUCUAAACUCAAUUACUAACCAUCUAAUACUUGUUGCAUCUAAUACUUUUCCGCUCUCCACUGUCAUUUGCUGCGGAAAUAAAGUUCUCAAACCACGAAAGUUGAUUUAAGUAAGACCAAAGUUUUGCCACACUAAAUGACUUUUCCAAUAUGAGCACGCAUCGAAGCGGAAGCUGAAAAGUGAUUUCUGGAUUUGCGUAAACAAAUUUUCAAAAGACUUAUGACUUAUGCUCGUUGAGGAGAGGGAUAGGCCAAAACUUAAAGCUAUAUGCACUCCAUGAUAAUCAAAACUAAAUGAUUGCUUAAAUAAACAAAUCUAAUAACACAUGUCAGAUUAGGUAAGCAAGAAUCACGCCUAAGCUAAA